GUCAAAGAGCAUCAGUCAGGAAAAAACGCUGGGGAAUCCACUGCCCUUUUAUUCUACAGGUGUGUUACUUACAGGAUACAACAAUGGAAACUUGGUCAGUUGAUCAGGUCUGCAGUUGGUUGGUGGAGAAAAACUUAGCAGAGCUAGUUCCCAGGUUUCAAGAGGAAGAAAUAAGUGGAGCAGCUCUUCUAGCACUUAAUGAUCGGAUGGUUCAGCAACUGGUGAAGAAAAUUGGUCACCAGGCUGUCCUCAUGGAUUUAAUUGAAAAAUAUAAGCAGAACAGCCAAGCACUGAAGCCCCCUGGAUGCCCUGGGGAGACAGCCCCACGCACACAAGCAGAAGCAGCCCUAGAGUGAGAAAGGGGCUUAUAUCUUGGGUUUCAGGGUGUAGAGAACUAAUAAAUUGCAUUCAUAUUUGAAAUAGAACUUCACUCUCUGUGUUUAUUUCACAGGAGAAACAUGAAGCACAUUCCAGCAAGGAAUAAAGCACUGCAGUGGACCCAGUCCUACGUGUUACCACAGUUUCCCUAUGAUGUCAAAUGCAUGCUCGCAGAGCAGAAGUGUCCCGAUCACAGCAUGAGGAUAAGGAUCAUUGAGUUUCUCCAGGCUGACAUGACCAAGUAUCUAGAAGGCUCGCUGUAUCCCACCACCCAGCAGUACAAUGAUGUGGUCAACGCCUUGCUGCAGGCCUACCCCUUCCUGGAUGAGGACGGCUGUGGCUUUUUUUUAUGGAAAAGAGCCCUCAAAGAUCGCUUUAAAUAUGUCCGAAGACCCAUAGAAGAUGAUGAACAAGUUUUGAGAAAUAAGAGCAAAUUUGGACACCGAAGAGGUCAGACAAGAAAAACUCUUGCUGAUACAAGAUUUGAUGAAAUUCAAACUGUCCAAAUAAAAGAAGAGUCUGUCUGUUUAGAUUCUGAGGUAGAAGAACACAUUAACUGGUUCCAGCAAGAGUAUGUGAAAGCAGAAAAGAACUGGACAGAAAUUGACGAAAGGAUGAGCCAGACUUUGGAAAUAAGAAGAAAGAUGAUUGGCAGCAGGACACCUCCAAAGGAUGUUCUUCAAAUGUUUCCUUUCUUGAGGUGCCCUUACCAGAUGUUCAGAGAAUUCCAACUUCUUACAAGAACGGACAUUUAUAAGAAAACAAGGUAUAUUCUGGAAUCCUAUGCAGAAAAUGUACUGACUGCUUUUCCAGCGGUGGACAAUCCCAUCACUAUUGCACUGCGGGAAGCAGUGAGGCAGUGUACAGAUGAAGACACGUUAAAAUAUCUGAAGAUGACAGCCACAUGUUUACUCCUCCCACAUGUUUUUGGGAAUGAUCCCAGCCUUUUUGUCAUUGUGAAUGAGAAGGUUCAAGUGUCCACGCCUGUGCUGGCAGUUAAGAACCCUUUUGACAUCAAUGUCCGUGAAUUUUCUUUAUAUCUGGACAAGGAGGAGCUCACCAAGGUGGAUGACUGCGUCACGGCCUUGGCGGCUCUAGUGGCCGCCUUUCAUGUAUUUGGGGUUGAGUGUCCAAGAAGGCUGUCCCACACCCUCAACUUCCUGGAGACAUUGAUCUUUGACACACAUAGUCCCUAUUUUUCUUCUUUGAAAGAAAAAGAAAAGGAAGGAGGAUUUUAGCCCCUCAUCACUUAAUAGCACGCCAAAUAUUACAUCAAAAGUUACCUGUGGGGCCGCGGAAGCAUAAGCAUCACUUUCAUUUAGGGUUGGGCUGGAGGUAGGUAUUAGCAAAUCCUCUUGUAUCAAAGAUGCUCAUAAACU